CCUCGCAAGUGUACUUUCCAGCAACAUUUGCAAGACUUGCUUCCUCUGUUUCCAAUCCAUCUUGUAGGAUUUUCUCUGUAAUUGGUGCCACUUGGUGUUCUGUUUCAAUUACUCUGUUACUGUAGCUUUUCUUUUGCUCUUUUGCUCUUUUGGGGUGGUGCUUCUGAACCGUGGCUAAAUUAAAAGAAUACGUUAUGGAAGAAGAGGGGACCCAGAAAGUUGAUCAUCAAGAGCCUGCACCAUUGGUUGAAGAAAAAGGAAAAGUAGAAGAAGAGAAAGGUCAAAGCGACGUAGCUGAAGAGAAGGCUGUGAUCCCACCUCCUGAACAGAAGGCCGUUUCUGCAGUUAAUGAAAAGGUUGCAGAUAUUGCUGUUAUCAAAAGUACAGGGGGUUCGGCCGACAGAGAUGCUUUGCUUGCACAGGUUGCAACUGAGAAAAGAAUUGCUUUAAUUAAAGCAUGGGAAGAAAGUGAAAAAACAAAGGCAGACAACAAGGCAUAUAAAAAGCUCUCCGCUGUUGGAUCAUGGGAAAACAGCCACAUAGCUUCUGUAGAAGCACAACUCAAGAAGAUUGAGGAAAAAUUCGAUAAAAAGAAGGCAGAGUAUGCUGAGAAAAUGAAAAACAAAGUGGCUGAUUUACACAAGGAAGCGGAAGAAAAGAGGGCAACAAUUGAUGCUAAACGAAGAGAAGAAUUCCUUAAGGUAGAGGAGACAGCUACAAAGUUCCGUGCUUCUGGAUAUAUACCUAAGAAAAUCCUUGGAUGCUUCAGCUACUAACUUCUCUGCCCAGUAACACACAACAAAAAUAAAAGACAAGUCCAUCGGAAUUGAGUUUGCCCAUUUUCUUCUCUGGCUUGGUUUUUCAUUUGUUGUAUCAUCUGCAAGUCUAAAGUUGGUUUUGAGUGUUCUUUGUCAUCGUAUAGUAUGUUUUUGUGUUUGUAUGUGUGAAACAAAACUUCCAAUUUUUUUUUUUUUUUUUUUUUGUUGAAAUAGUAAUAAGAAUUGAUUGAUAUGAUAUAAAGGUGAAAUGAGUUUUGAAUUU